UUUUUUUUCUUAAAAGUACGUAGGGAAUUCUAGGAUCCUUCAAAACUGCUACCUGAAAAUGGCACCACUUAUUUCAGUAACCUGCAGCUAAUUAGUAGAACGUACAGCAGCACUGAAACCGAGGGACAGCUUUUGAAUUCCUUUGUCCAGUAUUUUGGUGACAGCCUUGGGAGGAAGAUUAAAAGAAUGCCUUUAAUUGAAGAAACUGUUCUGCCUGGAGACUCCCUCCUUACUCUGCCUGUAGUAAUAAUAGGAAAUGGACCUUCAGGAAUUUGUCUUUCUUACCUGCUCUCUGGAUACAGGCCAUAUUUGUCUCCUGAAGCUAUACACCCAAACCCCAUUCUACAUACGAAAUUAGAAGAAGCUCGACAUCUUUCCAUUGUUGAUCAAGACCUGGAGUACCUGUCAGAAGGCCUCGAAGGGCGCUCUUCCAACCCGGUUGCAGUGCUUUUUGAUACGUUGCUUCAUCCCGAUGCUGACUUUGGGUAUGACUACCCACCUGUUCUGCACUGGAAGCUGGAACAACAUAAUUAUAUUCCCCAUAUAGUGCUUGGUAAAGGACCACCUGGUGGGGCUUGGCAUUCCAUGGAGGGCUCUAUGCUAACCAUCAGUUUUGGAGACUGGAUGGAAUUGCCUGGCCUCAGCUUUAAGGAGUGGGCAGCUAGCAAACGCAGAAAUAUAAAGAGUGAUCGAGUAAUGCCAGAGGAAAUAGCUUGUUAUUAUAAACACUAUGUUAAAGUCAUGGGCCUCCAAAAGAAUUUCAGAGACAACGUUUACAUAACAUCAGUGUCCAGACUUUACCGAGGAAAGGAUGAUGAAGAUAGAAGUCAGCAAAAUGAAGAUAUUUCAACACAGCAUUUGGAAAUGGAAGAUGGACAGAAAUCACUUAUUAAGAGAAACUGGGAAGUCAGAGGUUAUCAGCGAGCAACAGAUGGUUCUCAUGUGCCCUUCUGCCUCUUUGCUGAGAAUGUGGCUCUUGCCACAGGAACCUUUGAUUCUCCUGGCCGAUUACAAGUUGAAGGAGAAGACUUUCCUUUUGUCCUCCAUUCCAUGUCUGACUUCGGAGCUGCAAUCAGCAAAGGAAAGUUACGUGGGAAGGCAGACCCUGUGUUAAUUGUGGGUGCUGGACUUACAGCAGCUGAUGCAGUACUCUGUGCCUGUAACAACAACAUCCCAGUAAUCCACGUGUUUCGUAGAAGAGUUACCGAUACAAGCCUAAUUUUCAAACAGUUACCUAAAAAGCUUUACCCUGAAUACCAUAAGGUGUAUCAUAUGAUGUGUACUCAGUCCCAUACUGUGGACUCUAAUCAACAUUCUGCUUACACUAGUUUCCCUGAACACAACGUACUUUCCUUCAAGCCUGAAAUGAAAUGUGUUCUUCAGAGUGCCUCUGGACUGAAGAAAAUUUUGAAGUUUUCUGUAGCCUUAGUUCUGAUAGGUUCUCACCCAAAUCUUUUCUUUCUAAAGGACCAAGGACAUAGCAUAGGUCGUCACUCUAAUCAGCCCAUCACAUGCAAGGGGAAUCCUAUAGAGAUUGAUCCAUACACUUAUGAAUGCACUAAAGAAGCCAACCUCUUUGCUCUAGGUCCUCUGGUGGGAGACAACUUUGUACGGUUUUUAAAAGGAGGUGCACUGGGCAUUGCACGAUGCCUGGCAAUAAGACAAAAGAAGAAACAUGAAUUGAUUGAAAGUGGGGAUGGAGGAGGUGAUGGGGUACCAUAAAUGAGACAUUAGAAAUUUUCACAUCCAGGAUUACAGGUGUAGUCUAACAGAACAGUCACUGGCAGCGAAAGUUGAUAGCAGUCACAUUUCUGUCGUGUACAAGUAACCUGUGCUUGUAUUGCUUGGUAAAAGGAUGCUGAUACUACAAUACUUCACCCUUUCAAAAUAGAAAAACUUGAUCUGCUAUUUCAACUUAUUUCAACUGGAAUUACUUCCAGAUAAACAGAAAAUGAGACUAGACUAACUUAUAUUGACCUGCCUGUCAUCUCCUGCUCAGCUACAAGAGCAGAUUUCCUUGGGAAAAGCCAUGCCUACCAGAGUGGCUUUAUAUUUUAGUGUCCAAUGUGACAAAAGCACUCUUACCAUGAAAUUAAAGUAACUUGUAAAAGCAGAAAGCUUGCUUAGUACAAGGUGAUUCUUGGUCCCAAAGCAAAUUUGGAGCGUUCUGCUCGAAACAAGGAUUCUAUUUAUUUGCUACAGUAAUACUUGGAAUGAGCACUUAGUAAAAUGGUUUCUAUUGUAAGAACGCUUUCUGUAAGCAAGUAUUCCUCAAUAGUUUUAAGUUAUCCUGAUAAUUGGAAUAAAAGAAUAAGCAUUCCCAUUCAAUCUUUAACAAUGAUUUGACACAAUCCAUUAAUGUUUCUUCACACUAUGCCUAGAGUUGGUGAGUGCACAAAGAGUACCAUGACAUGUUCCCCUACAGUGAUAUGUACAUUUCUGAGAAUACACAUUAACAUAAACAGUAAUAAAGUACUGAUGUAAGUGCUCUUAUUACAGUGUCAAUAUAGUGAAUAUCUAGUAUACUAUCAAGAGUUAAGUACAUGAGAAAACUAAAGAUUUUUUUGCUUCCUAGCUCAGGAAGACCGAAGGGGAUCACUUGGCUGAUGAAGGUGGGCUGGGUGAUAGAUAUUCUCAUCUCCUGUUUGACCAAGGAUUGUUUUUUUCUCUUUCUUUUUUUAUAAAGCAGCACAUAAUUGUAAAAUACUUUAUCCUGCAGUUUUUGAAACUUAAAAAAGGGUCAUUAUCUCACAGCCAGCGAAAAAAUAAACCAAACUCAAAACAAACGUGCCAUAGUUUCUUUAAAUCUUAGAGCUUGUCAUGAAAGAAAAAGGCAACUUGCACCUACCUCUGAAUCCAAGUUUCACCCUUCUGCUCCAUUAUGUAAGACCUAGAUUUCAUUUGCUGGGUUUUAGAGUAUUUAGUUUAUCUAAACACACUCAACCAUAGUGAGGUUAAUCAACAGCUAGUUAGAAAAGUGAACUUCCAGAACUCUCAAUAGACAAAAGUGCUUGGGUUCAACUGAUUUAUUACUAAACGUUUUAAUUCAGGUCCAGUGUGAUGGAAUAGAUGUUUUUUUGUUUGGAGCUUUUUUUGUGUUAAAGAAUGUCAUGUUAGUUUAAGGUAUUGUGUUU